AUGCAGACACAGCGCACCGUUGCGACCGGUCGAAAUGCGCCAGCCCGCCUGGCCGCUUUGGCGACCCUUCUUGUACUGACACUUGCCGCAGCCGCCUGCACGACGCCCGACGAUGGCUCCAACACCGUCGAAAACGCGCUCAGUGUCGAGAGCACGCCCGGCGCCGCGGUCGCCGUCGAUCCGAACGCGGCCACGACCACCGGUGAAGCGCUGAUCUCCGGCUCCGAGACUGCCGCCGCGCCGCAGGCCUUUGCGGCCAACGCCGCGCGCGUGCACUUUGCGCCGAUCGUCGGCGCGCCGGUGGACCGCGUCGCCGCCCUGUCGCGCCGCCUGUCGGCAUCGGGCGCCCGGAACAACAUCAGCAUCCUGCCGUCGGCGUCCUCGGGCGUCGAUCACGAAAUUCGCGGCUACUUCUCCGCCCUGUCCGAAAACGGGCAGACGACGGUGAUCCAUGUCUGGGACGUGUUCACCCCGUCGGGCCAGCGCGUCCACCGCAUCCAGGGCCAGGAACUGGUGCCAGGCACCAAUGCCGAUCCGUGGCAGGCCGUGCCCGCAUCGGCGAUGGAGCGCAUCGCCGACACGAUGCUGUCGGACUACAAUGCCUGGCGCGGACGGGCCGCCUGA